AUGGCUCCGAAGAGAGGGAGGGACAAGGAAGGGAGAGAAGGGAAAGUCGACAAGAAACCGAGAAGAUCUACCAGAUUGGCACAUAAUUCUCCAGUUGUCCAGCAGCAAGGACUCCCUAGCCCCAUCACACACCAGACCUCUUCAUCUCCCGAAGCUGUUAAGGAUGGAACGGUCUCUCCGCCCGCGCAAAGUCAAGUACACCACAAUGGCCCUCUGGAUGAACAUGCUGAAGCUGGCCACAAAUCGAGUCCUCCUGCGGACACACAAUUUACACAAGCCUUCUCGACCCAAGAAAUUCCUCAAGAUGAGCCUGAAGACGAUGACCUGUGGGGCUGGCUAUUUCCCAUGGACCCCAAGCUUGGCCAGAAGAUCGCUUUAAGGAAGCGCAAUGGUACGAAUCUUAAUUACAAUCCCUUAGCUAAUAAGCUGGCUGACCGACGUCUUACAGCUUGUCCACUUCCGGGUAAAGAUGACUUUCAGAGAGGGCCAGAUCCGAAGAGGGAGGAAGAAAUGUACGAGGAGACCAAGGUGAAGGGAAUGGCCUCUGGUGGCUUUAUUAUUGGUAGGCAUCCAGAAUGCGACCUCAUCCUAGAUGACCCCAUCGUCUCCAAUAGACAUUGCCUGAUCUUCACGGAGAACAAGGGAAGAGAUACGGUUGCUGUGGCUGAGGACUUGUCGAGCAAUGGCACAUUCGUCAACGAAGCUCUCAUCGGAAGAAAUAAAAGACGAGAGCUUGAGGAAGGGGAUGAGAUCACCAUUCUGGAAAAGGCGCGAUUCGUUUUCAGAUACCCUAAGAACCGCCAGACAAGUCCUUUCUUGCAACAGUACACAUUGCUGGAAAAGCUUGGGAAGGGCCAUUUUGCAGAGGUCUUCUUGUGCGUUGAGAAGUCAACUGGCACACGAUUCGCGGUCAAGAUAUUCACAAAGCAACGUGGCAUUGAGGAGCGAUCGAAGACCGAAGGCCUACAGCAAGAAAUAGCAAUAUUAAUGGGAGUAAGCCAUCCGAACUUGCUGUGUCUGAAAGAUACAUUCGACGAGCCGAAUGCUGUCUACUUGGUACUGGAGCUGGCUGCCGAAGGGGAGCUGUUCAACUGGAUCGUUAUGAAGCAGAAGUUGACUGAGGAAGAAACGCGGAAAGUUUUCAUUCAACUGUUCCAAGCAAUCAAAUAUCUACAUGAGCGAGGUAUCGUUCACAGGGACAUCAAGCCUGAAAAUAUCCUAUUGACUGAUAAAGAUCUCCACGUCAAAGUCGCUGAUUUUGGUCUGGCAAAGAUUAUUGGAGAGGAAUCCUUCACCACCACUCUAUGUGGAACACCUAGCUACGUCGCCCCUGAGAUACUCGAGGACUCAAGACAGCGUCGUUACACUCGUGCGGUCGAUGUCUGGUCUCUAGGUGUCGUGCUCUAUAUCUGUCUCUGUGGCUUCCCUCCUUUCUCUGACGAACUCAACACUCGAGAAAAUCCAUACAGUCUCACACAGCAAAUCAAGAGCGGGAGAUUCGACUACCCUUCACCAUACUGGGAUUCCGUCGGAGAUCCAGCUCUGGAUCUCAUCGAUCGAAUGUUGACUGUCGAUCUGGAGAAGCGAUACACUAUUGACGACUGUCUCGACCAUCCAUGGACAACUAACAAGCAAUUAAACCCUAACGAUAGCACAGACGGACUCGUCGGCGGCAUCGAAAAUCUGGACUUCAGCAAGCGCAAGCUUGCUCGCGAGCGCACCCUGCUGAGUACUCUCAACGACGUCAAGAUAACCAGGGUCAUCGGAGUCGAGCCGUCAAAAGAUGCCGUGAAGGUAUACGUGAAGAACCCCGACUCCAAGAAACCCCAGAACAGAGUCAACAACUCUACCCUGGAGAUCGGAAAGAACGGGGCCCCUAAAUCUAUCCCCGGCCCCCCGAAGCAGGAAGAGACACCCUCGGAGACGCGAGAUCCGAAGGAUUUCAUGGCACUUGGAGGGAAAGGAGACCAAGAGCUUUUCGGCAACGAAGGCUCAAUCUACUCGAAGGAAGAUGCUCUGCGCACUAAGUAA